UGUGUGUGUGUGUGCGCGCGCGCGCGUGUGAGUGUGUGUGUGUGUGUGAGAGAGUGUGUGAGGAGAGCGAGGCGGAGCGCCAUCGCGACGACGGGCGGCGGGGCCGGCGGCGGCCGAGGGCUGAGGCGGCGGCAGAGAAGAUGGCGGACGGCGACAGCGGCAGCGAGCGAGGGGGCAGCGGGAGCGGCAGCGGCGGGCCGGGCGGGGGCGGCGGCGGCGGCGGCGGCGGCGGCGGCGGCGGGGGCGGCUUCCAGGCCCUGUCCCGCGGCGGCGUGGAGCAGGAGACGCAGGAGCUGGCCUCGAAGCGGCUGGACAUCCAGAACAAGCGGUUCUACCUGGACGUGAAGCAGAACGCCAAGGGCCGCUUCCUCAAGAUCGCCGAGGUGGGCGCCGGCGGCUCCAAGAGCCGGCUGACGCUGUCCAUGGCGGUGGCGGCCGAGUUCCGCGACUACCUGGGCGACUUCAUCGAGCACUACGCGCAGCUGGGGCCCAGCAGCCCCGAGCAGAUCGCGGCGGCGGCGGCCGGCGGGGCUGGGGCGGGCGGAGGCGGCGAGGACGGCGGAGGAGGCGGCGGCGGCGGGGGGCCCCGGCGGGCGCUCAAGAGCGAGUUCCUCGUGCGGGAGAACCGCAAGUACUACCUGGACCUCAAGGAGAACCAGCGGGGCCGCUUCCUGCGCAUCCGCCAGACCAUCAACCGCGGACCGGGAGGCGGCGGAGGCGGCGGCGGCUUCGGCGGGGGCGGCGCCGGCCCGGGCCCCGGAGGCCUGCAGAGCGGCCAGACCAUCGCCCUGCCCGCCCAGGGCCUCAUCGAGUUCCGCGACGCCCUGGCCAAGCUCAUCGACGACUACGGCGCCGACGAGGACGAGCUGGGCGGCGGAGGGGGCGGCCCGGGGGGCGGCGGCCCGGGCGGCGGCCUGUACGGCGAGCUGCCCGAGGGCACCUCCAUCACGGUGGACUCCAAGCGCUUCUUCUUCGACGUGGGCUGCAACAAGUACGGCGUGUUCCUGCGGGUCAGCGAGGUGAAGCCCUCCUACCGCAACGCCAUCACCGUCCCCUUCAAGGCCUGGGGCAAGUUCGGCGGGGCCUUCUGCCGCUACGCGGACGAGAUGAAGGAGAUCCAGGAGCGGCAGCGGGACAAGCUGUACGAGAGGCGCGGCGGCGGCGGCGGCGGCGGGGGGGGCGGCGGAGGGGACGAGUCCGAGGGGGAGGACGUGGAUGACGACUGA